UUUAAGCAUCAUAUAGACAUUACACAAACAUACACAAAAGCAAACCCUAUUUAGCGAGGAAAAGGAGGCAAGCCCUGCGCCUCCAAUCUUUGUUUGUGUUGAGGUUGGUCUGUCUGACUUUGUUUGUUUGUUGUUAAAUUGAAAUCCUGUUGAAAUCCUGUUGUUUAAUUGUAAUAAUAAUAGAGAAAAGAAUUUAUCGGUUGGUUUGAAUUGAGAUUUACAGAAUGUCGAAUAUUAGGAAUAUUUGCAUUCUUGCUCAUGUCGAUCAUGGCAAGACUACUCUUGCUGAUCACCUAAUUGCCUCCUGUGGCGGUGGCGUGUUGCACCCCAAGCAAGCGGGUAGGCUUCGUUUUUUGGAUUAUUUGGAUGAGGAGCAAAGGCGGGCUAUUACUAUGAAGAGCUCUUCUAUUGCUUUACAAUUUCAUAACCAUUCUAUUAAUCUUAUUGACUCUCCUGGUCAUAUGGAUUUUUGUAGUGAGGUUUCUACCGCUGCACGCUUGAGUGAUGGGGCUUUGGUUUUAGUUGAUGCCGUUGAGGGUGUUCAUAUUCAGACUCAUGCUGUCUUGCGUCAAGCUUGGAUUGAAAAGCUUACUCCUUGUUUGGUUUUGAAUAAGAUUGAUAGAUUGAUUUGUGAAUUGAAAUUGACUCCUAUGGAGGCCUUUAUUAGGUUGCAGAGGAUUGUUCAUGAGGUUAAUGGAAUAAUGAGUACUUAUAAGUCUCAGAAGUAUUUGUCUGAUGUUGAUUCUCUUCUUGCUGCCCCGUCAGGGGACUUGACUGAUGACAAUUUUGAGUUGAUUGAGGAUGAUGAGGAAGAUACCUUCCAGCCACAAAAGGGUAAUGUCGCCUUUGUGUGUGCGUUUGAUGGAUGGGGAUUUCGUACUUCAAAGUUUGCUGAAUUUUGUGCGGAUAAACUGAAUAGUAAGAAUCCCAACCCACUGCAUAAGGUGAAUCCUGCCACAGUCAACAAGGCCUUAUGGGGUCCUCGCUAUUACAAUCCUAAGACUAUGAUGUUUGUGGGUAAGAAGGGGAUAGCUGGGAUAAGCAAUGCUCAACCGCUGUUUGUGCAGUGGGUACUAGAGCCAAUUUGGCAGCUUUACAAGGCAUGUUUAGAACCAGAUGGAGACAUAGCUAUACUUCAAAAGGUCAUCAGAAAUUUUGGCUUGAAAGGAUUGGAACAUGAACUUAAGAAUAAGGACCCAAAAUCCAAGCUACAAGCUGUCAUGUGUCAUUGGCUUCCAUUAUCAGAUGCUAUUUUGUCAAUGGUUGUUAACUGUAUGCCAGACCCUAUACAGGCGCAGUCUUUUCGGGUAUCCCGUUUGCUUCCAAAGCGUGAAGUUUUAGAUGAGGGUAUGAAGUCCGAGGUACUUGCUGAGGCAGAGGCUGCAAGAAAAUCUGUUGAGGCUUGUGAUUCAAGGCCGGAAGCACCAUGUGUUGCUUUUGUGUCUAAGAUGUUUGCAGUUCCAGUAAAGAUGCUUCCCCAGAGAGGCCUACAUGGGGAAAUAAUCAAUAAUUUUACAGAAGAUGGUGGAAAUGGAGAUUCAGAUGAGUGUUUUCUUGCCUUUGCCAGGAUAUUCAGCGGGGUCCUUUAUGCUGGACAGAAGGUAUAUGUGCUUUCAGCUCUCUAUGAUCCAUUGAAGGAGGAAAAUAUGCAAAAGCAUGUGCAGGAAGCUGAGUUGCACUCCCUGUAUUUAAUGAUGGGUCAAGGUCUGAAGCCGGUUGCCUUUGUAAAGGCUGGUAAUGUCGUUGCCAUUCGAGGCCUUGGGCAGCAUAUACUAAAGAGUGCAACACUUUCAUCAACAAAGAGCUGUUGGCCUUUCUCUAGUAUGGUUUUCCAAGUUUCUCCAACUCUCAAAGUGGCAAUUGAACCUUCUGAUCCAGCCGAUAUAGGAGCCCUUAUGAAAGGCUUGAGGCUCCUAAACCGUGCUGACCCUUUUGUCGAGGUUACUGUUUCUGGAAGAGGGGAGCAUGUGCUUGCUGCUGCAGGUGAAGUUCAUCUCGAAAGAUGCAUAAAGGAUUUGAAGGAGAGAUUUGCAAAGGUAAGCUUGGAAGUCUCUCCACCUCUUGUGUCCUUUAGAGAGACAAUUGAAUGUGAGGAAUCCGAUCCACUAGAGAAUCUAAGGUUGUUAACCGGGACUACGGACUUUGUGGAGAAAACCACAGCCAAUGGAAGGUGUGUCGUCCGCGUGCAGGUUAUGAAGCUUCCUACUGCCCUGACUAAGUUGCUCGAUGAGAGUUCUGAAUUUCUUGGAGAUAUUGUGGGGGGGAAAAUGGGAAAGACCUAUAAUAGUUUGGAGGCUCAUAAAGCUAGCAUCACAGAAGAUGAUAAUACUAUCGAAUCACUUAAAAAGCGCAUAAUAGCUGCUGUUGAAAAAGAUAGUUUAUAUUGGAGCUCUCAAAUUGACAAGGAUUUGGUAGAAAAAUAUAAAGUGUUGUGGCAGAAUUUUCUGAAAAGGAUAUGGGCAUUUGGGCCGAGACAGGUUGGUCCUAACAUCCUCCUCACCCCCGACAUAAAAAAAGCUGCCAAUGUUGAUUCUUCUGUUCUUCUCCGGGGUUCACCUUAUGUAUCUCAGAGAUUGGGGUUCCUGGAUGUAGAAGAAAGCCAAAGGAUUAGAAAAUAUGAGGCGUCAAUGGCUACAACAAAUGGAUUGUACCAAGAAGUUGAGACUCUCGAGAGCAGUGUUAUGUCUGGGUUUCAACUUGCGUCAGCAGCUGGUCCUUUGUGUGAUGAACCUAUGUGGGGGUUGGCAUUUGUUGUUGAGGCUUACGUUUCCGCAUCAACUGGGCAAAUAAAUGACUCCUCAAACUCUCAACAACAAGCAGAGCAAUAUGGCAUGUUCAGUGGACAAGUAAUGACAGCUGUCAAGGACGCAUGCAAAGCGGCCGUACUCCAGAAGAAACCCCGGCUUGUUGAAGGCAUGUACUUUUGUGAAUUAAAUACUCCAACAGAAUAUUUAGGUGCUAUGUAUGCAGUUCUUGCACGUAGGCGAGCCCGAGUACUGAAGGAAGAAAUGCAGGAAGGGUCUCCUUUGUUCACGGUUCAUGCUUAUUUGCCAGUUACAGAGAGCUUUGGGUUUGCUGAUGAAUUAAGGAGAUGGACAUCAGGAGCUUCAAGUGCUUUACUUGUUCUUAGUCAUUGGGAAGCACUUCCGGAGGAUCCUUUUUUUGUACCUAAAACUGAAGAAGAAAAGGAAGAAUUUGGGGAUGGUGCUAGUGUACUGCCCAAUACUGCUAGGAAACUGAUUGAUGGUGUAAGGCGGAGAAAGGGCCUCCCUGUGGAGGAGAAAGUUGUCCAGCACGCAACAAAGCAGAGAACACUGGCUCGGAAGGUGUAAGGCGGAGAAAGGGCCUCCCUGUGGGGGAGAAAGUUGUCCAGCACACAACAAAGCAGAGAACACUGGCUCGGAAGGUGUAAUACUUUAAAUGUAGUAUUUUACAAUUUCACUGGUUACUAUAAAACUUUACUUUUACAUGCA